UAUUAGUGAAGAUUAGGAAGAAGCUUUAAAAUCCCAAGGCUAGUGUGCACUGCCAGAAUUGUUAAGAGAGAGAGCUCAUGAGAAAUUGGUUAUCGUGGAAUCUUUAAAAUAAAACAAAGAACAGUUUACUUUCAGGCCAAAAGAUGCCAGUAAUCAAUAUUGAGGACCUGACAGAGAAGGACAAAUUAAAGAUGGAAGUUGACCAGCUCAAGAAAGAAGUGACACUGGAAAGAAUGCUAGUAUCCAAAUGUUGUGAAGAAGUAAGAGAUUACAUUGAAGAACGAUCUGGCGAGGAUCCACUGGUAAAGGGGGUCCCAGAGGAAAAAAAUCCCUUCAAGGAGCUCAAAGGAGGUUGCGUGAUUUCAUAAUACAAAAAAAAAAAAAAAAAAAAAAUCCUUGGGAAUAUCUCAAAUGUUAAUGACAAUUAUGGAUUUUUCUCAUAUGUGAUACUAUUACUAAGCACGUAUAUGAUUUUUAAAUUUAUAGAUGCAAGCUUUUAAUAAAAAUUGGAAUGAGGUAACCC